AUGAAGAAUACAGAGAAGACAACAGAGAUUUCAGACUCGUUUAAGAACCUGAGGCCCUACUUCAAAGACAACCUCUGCAGAAACGUGUUCAACGAAGAGCUCAACGAUUCCAAGAGUGAUAGUGAGGCGAAAGACGUGUGGAUUGCGUACAGUAAGUCAUGGGGUCGAGUGUUUGACUCUCUGGUCAACGAUAUUAGGCCAAAGAUAAUGACUUCGGGUGCGGGAGAUUCGCUCGGAUCUGAUGUAUCGUUGGACUGUCUGCUGGCACUCAUGGCCACCGUUUCGGGUCUUAAACAGCAAAAAGAUUGGGCCGUAAAAUUGUAUGACUCUUCGGGCCGACCAUUCAGUGAGGGCAGUCUCGACGGCACGAUCACAAACCUGGGCGCCUACGACCAGUGCCUGUCCAUCGAUUCGGACACAACAAUGACUGAACCAUUCGUGGGUCAGUACUGUGUCGUCAAAUACCAGUUGGCAUUACCGCCAAAACCCAAAAAGCUUACGCUGAGGACUAAACUUUUCAACUUCACGGGCACUCCAGUCGAGGGAACCUUCUUGGAGGAGUUCUCGCUGUCGUCGCACGCGUUUUACGAGCGCUACGGCCGGACAGGUAUAUGCAUACCAUCGGCCUGUAGUACACAUGACUUUCACUCGUUUCUUAAGAGAUUUAUAUCCGAAAGCCAUAUGAAUAUGACUAUCAAUGACUGUCACACCAGAGUAUUGCCUGAAUUGAAUCCAUUGCAACUCACGAUUGUUGUCAUCUUCGCUGUCGUCCUAUCGUUGAUGAUAUUAGCGACAAGUGUUGACCUAAUCAUCGCCUACACCAACGACAAGAACUACAUACCAUUCAUCAGCUUCGAG